GCCUCCUGUCCGCUGCCACCCUGGCGCUGCGCUGCAUGGAUGGCGUCAUCCUCUCGCCCAACGAGGAUGAGUUCGUGGGCAGGAUCGUGGAGGAGCUGGAGCGCUUCAUGCUGCAGGGGCAGCACCACAGCGUGCUCCUGUUCCCCCCUCUGUCCAGUCGCCUCAGGUACCUGAUCCACCGGACCGUGGACAACGUGGAUUUGUUGAGCAGCUUUUCUGUGGGAGAAGGAUGGAGGAGGAGGACGGUCAUCUGUCACUCGGCCGUGAGGUAUGACAAUAAAAACCCAAUUGAAGCGGAAGAGCAAGAUCAGAGCUGCGACAACUCUAUUAUACCAGAAGGUAGCAAAGUCCUGUGCCAGCCGCAAGCUGAAGACCAAAGCAGCCGGGAUGAUGGUGUAAUGGAGUGUGGCAAAAACUCCUCCCUGUCAGAAAGUCGCAGCGGUAACUGCUGUACAGACCCGGCUGUAGCAGAGCUCAGCACAACGUUGCCGGUGCUGGAAAACCAAGAUAAGAGCUGCGGGGCUGCCACGAGCCUGGAGAGCGGCAGGAACGUGUCACCGCCUGAAGAACAGGGCGAGGACUUUGUGAAUGCCGGCACGGUGGAGGGAGGUGAGAGUUUCUCCAAACUGGAAAGCCAAGAUCAAGAGUGUCCUGAUGUUGCCCAGGUGGAGCGUAACCAGAACCCCCCAGAAGCCCAAAAUGAGCCUUCUCAUGCCCACGGUGCCAACCCAUCGGCUCCUGAGGACCAGAACGAGCGCCAGGCAGAUGGUCCCGGGCAGAACCGCGGUGGGAAGGAGCCUGCGGCAGAAGAGGACGAGGAGCAUUCGGGCUUGGCCGGCGCGCUCUGGUGUGAGCUGCAUUUGUCUGCAGGUGAUAAAGAGGAGAGUGUGGCCGCCCACCGGCAGAGCAGCCUCGAGAGCGACUGUACUGCAGAGCUCUUUGCAGAGAUUGUGGGUUAUUUAACCGUGAAGGACAUAAGCAUCGAGAAGAUCAACUUCGAUUUUUCCAGCUACGGAGAUGCACAGCUCAGCGAGGGGGACUUUGGCCACGUAACUGAAAUCUAUGACUUCUCCCCGUCGCUGAAAACGGAGCACCUGCUGGAAGUGUUCUCGGAUUUCCAUGAGAGCGGUUUCAAAAUCCAAUGGGUCGAUGAUACGCACGCCCUGGGAAUCUUCUCCAGCCUGUCCACAGCAUCUCAAGCCCUGGGGCGACGUUAUCCUUCUUUAAAGAUCCGACCGUUGAUCCAUGCAACAAAGCAGUCAAAGAUCAAGGCGCUUCAGCGACCAAAGCUCCUUCACCUCGCAAAAGAAAGACCCCAGACUGACACUGCAGUGGCGAAGAGGCUGGUGACCCGGGCGUUGGGCUUGAAGCACAAGCAGCAGGGCCUCUCAGGCACCGAAAUGCUCCCACCAGAAAGCUUGGACCAGGAGGAAUAA